AUGUCAAAUAGUAACCACGUCAAUCCCCCGACUUUCGAGAGCAACGGCAACGAGUACGGCGUUGACUCGAUCAAGAGACUUCAAAAUUCUGAAAAGGCUCGUCAUGGUGGGAUUCACCCCGGAGAAAGCAAAAGACAGUCUAAGCCGGUUGCCAUGAUACACGAGCCCGAGAAGGAACAGAGAGACGGUGGGAAUCACUACCCAGAGAAUAUAAUGACCAGCGGCACUACUGGAGCUCAUAACGAUGAAGUCUCCCGGGGUGUUAAAUGGGAAGUCGAGUCAGGUUCUUCACGUACUGCGAAUAAGUAA